UCUCAACAACCUAGAACUGUAAUCAUUUCAGCUUGCUUGUGCCGUUUUCACUUUCAGGAUGUCCCAGGGAAGAUGCAGUGCAACAUUUGCCACAGCGAUGAUGCUGUGCUUGCUGGUGCUUCAUUCUGGUGUGGCUGAAGCUGCGACUUACAGGGUGGGAGGAGCAGGGGGCUGGACCUUCAACACGGUUUCUUGGCCCGCAGGGAAGCGGUUUAGAGCUGGUGACACACUUGUGUUCAGCUACAGUCCAGCAGUCCACAAUGUGGUUGCGGUGAACAAAGCCGGUUACGACACGUGCACUGUUCCUCCGGGUUCCAAGGUGUAUCGUACUGGAAACGAUCAGAUAAAGGUUGGGAAGGGAGCAAACUUCUUCAUCUGCAGUAUUCCAGGCCAUUGCCAAUCUGGAAUGAAGAUUGCUGUCAUUGUUUGACUUGAUCAAGAGAUCCAUAUCUUACACUAUUCUACCUUUCUGAUUAAGCGCCCGAUGUAUGGCCAUCCCACAACAAUAAAUAAAAGAAAUGGUACAUUAUGCUAGCUAAGCUAUAGAAGCUAUAAGAGUUUCGCCAGAUUUCCUGUCUGAAUUCUCAUUUCCGUUGUCGUUUGUUGGUCUUCGAUGUAAAACAAAUUUUAUUUACUGCUACAACUUCAAUAGCUUUUCCUUUCU